AGCCCAAGGACUUUGCUUUUGCUGUAGCGCUCCUCGAGGCGAGAAUCGCUUCCCGUUGUUGUUGGUGUUGCCAAGUCAUUGCGAUCAUCUUAUCGCGACCCCUGCUGAUUGAGAUCGACCCAAACGGCACUUCCCACCACACUCUAACGAGGGCGAUCUCAGACACCGGUGCAGAUCGCUAACCACUCGGCUGGUAGGCCUCCUUAAUAUCGUUUGAAGUCGUCUAAUCCCUUUUAAAGUUCAGUCUUCGUCCUCCAUCUCCCGAACGAGGUUUUCUUGUCUGUUUCAGUCAUCAGCGGUCAGGUGUCGAGCAGAAAUCCAACUGCAGUCCUUCUUUCAAACCAACCCCAGUCAUUCUUUCGAAACAACAGCCAACUACCGUCAUUCUUUGAGCAGCCGACCGCCAAGAUGUCCCUCCUAACAAAAGCCGCCCUCCUCCUCGCCGUCGCCGGCUCCGCCCUCGGCGCCCCCACCAUUACCAACCCCGGCGGCUUCAAGACCCACGUCUCCGCCACCAGUACCGGCAACCACAUCCCCGGCCACGGCACUCACUUUGAGCUCCCCGAGCAUCUCAAACGCAACUCUGUCCGCUCCAUCCCCGGCGGCGGAGAGAUCCAGAACACUGAAACGCCCCAGUCGGGCCAGGGCCAGUCGUUCUACACCAACCACACCUACGUCCCUGCCGAGGCCUACAACCGCACUGGCACCGUCACUAAGCGCGACGGUCAGGCCAUCCCGAUGUCUCACAAGUCUUCACUCCCCUUCGUCGACCAGACCACCGGUAUCUCCUUCCAGCGGUUCUACGACUCGGCCAGCCAAUUUUCCUUCGCCCUCGCUUUGUCCAGCUUACCCGCUGCCGGUUCCAUCCUCGAUGCUGAGCAGGCAAAGAACGACGCAACAGAUUUCAUCGCCCAACUCUCCUUCCCCCUCAACGCCACCACCGGCCUCGGCCGCGGCGCAGGCUGGGGCGGCAUUUCCAUCUCCCCCAAACUAACCGCCUCCCACCUGCCUCUCUUCCUCGGCAUCCAAACCGACGGCUUCGGCAACCUCGCCUUUUCUUCGUUUACCGAAACCGUCAAGUCUGCUGCCGCCGACGCUGCCGACGCUGCUGCGCCCACAACCGCUGGCCAGCAAGCCUCAAAAACAGGAAAGGAUCUAGCCUUCAAGAUCAGGACCAUCGAGUCGGCUACUAGCAUCAACUCCACCUUUUUGACAUACACCUUCUUGUGCGAGGGUUGUUUGUCCAUCAGCAAAUGCGCAGCGAACUUGGACUCGUGGAAAGCUGCCGGCAAGACCAAGGUUCUUCGUCUUGGCUGGGCGACGGGAGAUACCGUUGUUUCUGGAGCCGCUGGUAACGAGACUGAUGCUGCUUUGACCCAGGAGGGUGAGCAGAAGGCUGAGAAGGAAAAGAAAUGGGCGUACCACCGGCUUGGAUUCGGACACCUCAAGAUCGACCUCGAGGGCGCUUUGGCACAUAGCGCUGAGCAGUUUAAUGCGUGGAAGGGCGUGGCGAUGGCGGAGGAGGUUAGAGGGUUUGAGGGCGUGGCGCCGCCGUUUGCGAUGGAUUUGGUUAACGGUGUUGCUAAGGGCCAUGCUGGAAAGGAGGUGAGCGAGGGGGCGAAGGAGGGGGAGAAGAAGGAGGAGGAGGGCGAGAAGGGUGUUGAGGAGGCGGAGAGCGAGAGCGAUAGUGAGAGUGAUAGCGACAGUGAUUCUGACUGUGGAUGUGAGUCGGAUUCCGAUUCGGAUAGCGAGGAUGAGGAGUAAGACGCCGGUUCUUGGUAGAGGUAAUGUUGAGGAUGAGAAAAGAAGGGGAUGUGAUACCCAGUUCGUGUCGGGAUUCAGUUCAGCAAGAAGUAAUGUUAAUCGUUGAAUCAAAGCAUUUUUGAUACCUCUUAUUGCAGCGCCGUGACCUUCGUGAACACUUCGCUACAAGACGUCGACCGGUAAUAUCGCUGAUGGAAGCGACGGGCCCGGAUGUGUCGUUAGUGAAUCCAAACCGCCGGACGACAUGCACAUGGUACACCACGAGAGAAACCU